CUGUGGCGGUGCGAGUGGGGUAUGUAGUGUUCUGUGCUGUACGGGGCUUUAGCAUACUCAGACCCCGCUGUCGACCUUUGGAUCUCGGGCCCCCGGGGCGGGGAGGCAGCUCCGGCGUCCACAGAGGCAAUUGGCUGCGCUCUUUUCUGUCUGUAGCUUCUUCCUCCACCAAACACAGCAGGCAGAGCGCACACACACACACAUACACGUACACGGCCUUUUACGCGCACUAACAUGGGGCAGAGCGUGCGCAAAUGCUGCUGGAGCCCAAAGUCCCCGGUCCGUGGCGCACUCCCUUAUCGACAUGUUUGAAGAUUAACGAGGCUGUCGGUGUCCUGUAGACCACGAGCUGCAGCCAGCAGGCCGGUGGAAGCUGCCGACGGAAACCAGACGCGUCGAGAGAGGAAGUCACCCCCGAGUGUAGCUGCAUCGGACGACGGCUGCUGCCAUGACCGAGAAACGGAUGUCCCGGUGGUACUUCGGGGGGCUGGCGUCCUGCGGAGCCGCCUGCUGCACGCAUCCUCUGGAUCUCAUCAAGGUGCACCUGCAGACGCAGCAGGAGGUGAAGAAGAGGAUGUUGGGGAUGGCCAUCCAUGUGAUGAAGAACGACGGCGUGUUGGCUCUUUACAACGGUCUCUCUGCUUCUCUGUGUAGACAGAUGUCCUAUUCGCUCACCAGAUUCGCCAUCUAUGAGACGGUAAGGGACAUGAUGGGCAGCACAAACAAGGGCCCCAUGCCAUUUUACCAGAAGGUCCUGCUGGGAGCCUUUGGAGGUUUCACUGGUGGGUUUGUUGGCACGCCAGCAGACAUGGUGAACGUCAGGAUGCAGAAUGACAUGAAACUACCACCAGAACUGAGGAGAAAUUACAAACAUGCUUUUGAUGGUCUCUUCAGAGUUUUCAGAGAAGAGGGUUUAAGGAAACUGUUCUCAGGAGCCUCCAUGGCUUCCAGCAGAGGAGCGAUGGUCACUGUGGGGCAGUUGGCCUGCUACGACCAGGCCAAGCAGCUGGUGUUGGGAACCGGCAUGAUGGGAGACAACAUCUUCACACACUUUCUUUCCAGCUUCAUUGCUGGAGGCUGCGCUACGUUCCUGUGUCAACCUUUGGAUGUAAUGAAGACGAGGCUGAUGAACUCUAAAGGAGAGUACACAGGGGUGAUACAUUGCUUACGAGAAACUGCUAAGCUCGGUCCGAUGGCAUUUUAUAAGGGUCUUGUUCCUGCAGGGAUCCGCUUGGUUCCCCAAACAGUGCUCACCUUCAUCUUCCUGGAGCAGCUCAAGAAACACUUCGGCAUUCUCAUCAUCUCCUGAGCACGCUCAGUGACCGGCCGCUCUUCAGCCCCGCCCACUCAAACACCUUCACUGCCAAUCACAACCCAUCCGUUGUCAUCACUCUGCUCUGCUAGAAUAGAAGGGAAGAAAGGAAGACGUGCUGUUUAUUACCAGCUCGUGCAUGUUUUUCUUCUCCUUUUGCUCUACCUCUUUCUCACAAGUGAAAGUUCAACAUUUUUGUUUUCAACAGGAGCAUCAACUUUCAGAAGGGAUUUAAUUCUCUUUCAAUAAAGGCUUUUAAUAUGAUGCUAAGAAAGAAACUACAAAAUAUAAAAGUGCUGUAAUAGGAUUAUUAGAUGUCCAUUGUAAUUUCAGGUACAGAUUGGCACAUGACAGAAGGAGACGGGCUGAGAUUAAUUACUAAUUUUGAGUUAAAGAGACUCCAGCAGUUCAUCUGCCAUGCUGAGGACUGACUAAAGACUGACUUUAACUCAUUCCAAAUGAGAUUUUGUGAUUUAUGUUUAGCUCAAUCUACAAAUGGUGCCUUCAGAGCACACACCAGUCCAAUAACAAAUGUAGAUUGUAGCUUAAAUGUGUUUUCUGUUGUCCUCUAGAACACUUUCUUAUUAUAUUCGACCAGGAAAGUGUUUAUGAUUUAGCAGAAGUAGUGAAGUUUAAACACAGCUUAGCCUUAUCAUUAGUGCCAUUCUGACCAACCGUAAUAUUUCCAAAAAGCUAUUACUAAAACAUGACUGAACAAGUUGUAAUGUAAUUACAUAGAAGUCAUUCCCACUCGUUGUGACCAAACACGUUACAAUGUUAGUGUUGAUUUAUUUGUUUGCUUCGUCGUUGCUUGAUUAGUCCUUUAGAACUGGAAAUCAACUACUAACAGGUUGAAAUUUCAUUCAUUUGUACCUGAUGCUCCUUUAUGUCAUUCCACUAAGAUCAUUUCACUCUCAAAUCUGGAAGAGAAAAGGACCAAGCUUGUGUUUGUGUUGUGUCUUUUAAAAAGGAGAGAGUUAGAGGGGAAACUGUGAAACUGAGGAAAAGGGGUUGUUGAAAUCCUGAUGCAGGCAGAGGGUUUUUCAAAAAAAAAUCUACAUGACCACUUCAUCUCUUAAAGUUUUUUUUUUUUUUAAUAGAGAUGUGAAGCCUGUGGAGAACUGCUGCACAGUGUGCAUGCAGCAUUUCCAUCAGUAACAUCACUGUUUGGUCUACCUGUACACGUGUCAGACUUUAUGACUCAGGAUGCUCCUCUGUUUUAUAAGGCACUUUAUUUUAAAAAACCCUGGAUUCAUACGGACUAACCUGCUGCGUAGAAACACAUGCUGUAUGUUAAAACGUGUUCUCAAAGGAACAGUGCUUUCAUUUUUAAUGGUUCCAGUUAGGAAUGGUUUGUAGUUCUUGCCAGCUGCAGUCCUAUAUGAUAAGUCUGGCUUUGAUUCAGUGAAAUUAAGGACUAUCUGUGCUGUGCCUGCUCUGUUUACAGAGACCUUGUAACGUACUGUUGCCUUACAGUGUCUGUCCUGCAGGGGGCAGGAUAGUAAUGUGUGGAUUAUCCUGUGUUAUGCAUCAUAAUAAGCCUUGCACCUUCAUCCCAGGAAGAGGAAUAAUAUUGAAAAAGAAAAAUUAAACUGGAGGGACAGUUA